AUGGAUCCGGCAGAAGACAUGGAACACGCCCUUCACCGAUGGCUCAGCGGACAAGUCGCCGAUCAUCAGGUUGUACAAGUACUAGGACCCCAAAUACUACAAAGAUGGCAAGCACUCCUGGUGAGCAUCGUGGAGGAAAGCGACACCCCCAUCAUCACGGACACGUCGUCGAUGCCAACCAGACCAUGGACGACCAACCUGCACCCAUCCCAGUACAUGGAGAUCCUAGGCACCAAUGAAGAGGGCGUCAGCAACACCGUCAAUAGGUUUCGACAGCAAACCAUGAAGGCCAAGAUACUGCACCAAUCCAGACUACGAACGGUGCAGUCCGACUACUCUGAGAUAAUCGGCCAAGGACGACUACACGACGUGGAAAUCAAACCCGGUCGAGUUCUUGCCUCCGCAGAAGCCCACGGGACCAUGCCCCACACCCUUCCCCCUCCAACCUCCUCACAAGAACAUGCCAGCCAAUUUCAGAGAUGGUAUCCGAAUCGACAAGCACCACCGCAGGACCACGCGACCGGCAUGUCCAUGGACUAUGCGGGCACGGACCAACCUAUCAGAGACCUACAAACCUGGCACACGGGAGCCUUCCCCCACAUCCCCGUACCUCCGGAUCGCACAGUACCUCCUCCCGAAGAGCAACAUCACAGAGAAGACAGAUCCAGGUCGCCACUUCGAAACCCUGGUGUCCACACGAUGGGCAUGCACGUCAGCAGCCUGCAACAGCUGCUCGACAGCUUAGAGCCAGCCGUGGACACGCAAUCCGUCAUGCAACAUCACGACCAAGGCCGGCUACUUCCAGUUCUACCAGUGGAUCAGAUAGAAAACGCGCAGCCACAGUGGUGGAGACGACCGGACCGAUUAGACCGGAACUUGUUCACAUGCUACCUCCGGUUGAACCACACCAUUGGGAGAACCGCUGCAGUUCGCAUCCUACAGUUCACAGCCAUACAAUUCAGGAUGCUCGUACGCAAGGGCACCUGCCCAGAUUUGGCCACAAUGCCCAACCUCUACCAGCUCUGGCACUGGGGAUACAUCAAGUUCCGAAGUGUAAACCCGGAGCUGUGGAUGUUCACACACAACUUCGCGGAUCCCACAACCAUGGGCAGGCUGGAACAGACCUGCGCCCACUUCCACAGAGUUUGGUCAGCACACGUCCUACCCAGCACGGCAGGAUUGGUACCCCUACUGCCGCCCAUACAAGACCUCUGCGUGGUGCUCCAUUGUUCGGCGCCACCCUUCCACCAGCCAAUGCUCGCGAAGUACAACACCAUCUCGGGCAUUAUGACCAUGCAGGCGGUCAGCAACAUAGUCUUUCGCAAGGCUCACCAUGACUUACAGCUCCACAGAACGUGGCCCAGCAUCGAUUCCCACACAGGAUGCGAUCAAGGAAUCAACACGUUCCAGAUUCCGGACCACUGGCCAACCAACAUAUGGACCGACACGCUGCAGAAGCUCACUCACACGACCAGAUGGACGCCACCCUCCACGCCAGACAUCCGCACCAGGCUCACCAUCGACCACCUGUACAGCGACGUACUGCCCAACAUGAUAUGGACGCCGAGAUUCGCCCUGCCCCUCACCUCACAACAGAUUCACGCAGUCCAAGUUUCCACCCAAGCAGCACAUGUACUACAUCGACUAUGGGACCCACUCAUUUUCACCUUCACGGACCCGUGCCACACGAUCGACGGUUUAGACGCCAAGCGAACAAGCCGACCUGAUCUGAUCGGAAAAUUUCACCGACUGAGUUCAGGAGGACAAACACCAAUGUUGGCAAUCCCAGCCAGCAGCGUGAUCGAGACACAGUUGGACUGGGCCUGGUUCCAAUCCACUACGGCAUCCAACUCCCCGUUCAGAUGGCUGUCCCUACCCCUUGCAGUCAUAG